CCAACUGUUUAGCAAGCUUUUGUUAGUAUUUCAUACAAAUUAAACGACAAACUAAAUUAUCACAAAAUUAUUUAAAAUGGUGUAUCUUCAUUUUCCAUCUAAUUUAACCGAAGAAGAAUUAAUGCUUCAGGCAAAAUAUCAGAAGUUAAAGAAAAAGAAGAAAGCUCUGCAAGCUUUGAAGGCUCCUAAACAAGAGCCAGAAAAACCUGUCUUACCGAAACGGCCUACUGAAGCAAGAGAUGCUCGAGAAAUAGCACGAAAACUUAUUAAAAGCGGAGCCAUCCAAGCUAUAAAAAGUCCACCAACACAACCACAAAAUGCUACAUUUAAACGACCAAGAGCAGGUCGGGAACGCAAACUUAGUGGUUCAACUGGAACAACAGGAGGUGUAGCUUCAUAUCAACCAUUUAGUGCAUCUCAAGAACCACCACCGCCUGAUGAGAAAGCUGCACCCAGAGUUAAAUACUUAUAUGAUUCUUUCGUAACUGCUCGGGAAAAAGAAGAAAAAGUUGCCCGCAAUCAACCGUCUGACCCAGCAACUCCAGGAAAAAGUACUUAUUUGCAAAUUUUAGGCCCUCGAAUAACUGAAGAGGUUAUAAGACGUCGCUUAGCUUCAUUUGAACCAUUUACAUAUACACAGGAACCAGAGGAAGAAAAAGUAUUUUUGUCUUUUGAUACUGUGGAAAUGGCAACUCAUGCACAAGGGGCUCUUGAUGGAUGUGAAGAAGGAUGGCGUAUAACAUUUGUAAGAAGACUUCCACAACCUGCUGGAUCUUGGACCCCAGCAUCAACUCCAAGAAAUGCUCCUCCACCAAAAGAUUCAAAGCGUGCUCUUGUGACUUAUGAUGACAUUUUUGAAUGAAGACUGAACAAAAAUUGGUGUAAACUAAAAUUAUACUGUUAAACAUUGUACCAGCUGAACAUUAU